AUGGUACUGGUGGGCGGUGGAGUGGCAGAGGAAAGCACGGUUACCUCAGUGCUGGCGGAGUCGGACGGGGACAGUGUGGAAUGCCCAAGGGUCAGAGCACCCACCAUACAGUCCUCCGGAAUGGAGUCCAUCCCCGUGGGAGAAUCCGCCCCGGAAAGAUCCCUGGACCACUGUCGCUCCAGCAAGAACUUAACAAGGUCGGGCCAGACCACCAAUACUCUAGCCCCGAACAACAGUACCACCUUGAGGAGACCCCGGAGUUCCCAAAAUGCAGACAGCCAACAAACCCAGCCAGGGCAGGUGGACGACGGGCCUCUUGCCCGUACUUCUCCUGAGGCCGGCCCAACACAACGAUGCCCUUACCAGGAUGAUCGUUACCUGACUGCACUGGUUCCCGUAGUUGGCUCGUAUGGUCUUCAGUUCCCAAACCCCUACAAUUGCUUUGUGGUGAAGAUGUUCACGUUUGUGGAUCCAGCGUCACUGGCCCCUCUGCAGGAGGCCAUCUACAUUCACUGUAGUACUGCGGUGUGCCACCCUGCUUCUGGCUCAUGUGAACAGAGCUGUGCCAGGAAAAGUAGGAAAGCGGUUGCUGACAAGAGCCAUGAACAAACCGUGGUUUCCAGUAAAGGGAUUUCCUUCACAAUAGCUGUUCCACAGAGAGGGAUUCCAGCUCAAAGUCCACAAGCUCUUGGGUUCCAGCAAACUGAACAGAGAUUUGUACCCCAACACCAAACUGAUCAACAGUUUCAGAAGCAAGUUGUACAGUCAGAACCUCUUGACAAGUGCUCUGUAGCUGAUUAUGAGCAGAUCCAUUGUGGACAACCUGGUAUCAGUGGUGCGGAGUGUGAAGCUAUUAACUGCUGCUUUAAUGGACAGCAGUGUUAUUAUGGGAUGUCAGUGACUGUCCAGUGUAUAAGAGAUGGUCAGUUUGUGUUAGUGGUGGCAAGAGAUGUCACUCUGCCUCGUCUGAGUCUGGACACUGUCCGUCUGCUGGGUGGAAAUGAAGCACCUUGUGGUCCUGUUGGUUUCACACUUUCCUUUGCCAUUUACCAGUUUCCAGUCACUGCCUGUGGCACCAGCAUGAUCGAGGAAAAUGGUUAUGUGGUGUAUGAGAACCGAAUGACUUCAUCCUAUGAAGUGGGGAUUGGACCUCUUGGCUCCAUCACAAGGGACAGUAGUUUUGAACUUCUCUUUCAGUGUAGGUAUUCUGCCACUGCUGUGGAAGCUCUGGUUGUGGAGGUCAACACUGUUCCACCACCUCCACCUGUAGCUGCUCCUGGACCCCUCAGGGUGGAACUUAGACUGGCGAAUGGCCAAUGUGUCACUAAAGGCUGUGCAGAAGGAGAUGAGGCGUAUACUUCCUACUAUGGUGAAGAUGAGUAUCCAGUCACUAAAGUCCUGCGAGAGCCUGUGUAUGUUGAGGUGCGUAUCUUGGAGAGAACUGACCCCAAUCUUGUCCUCCUGUUGGGGCGCUGUUGGGCGACAUCAACCCCUAGUCCUCUCAGUCUUCCCCAGUGGGAUCUUCUAGUUGAUGGAUGCCCUUAUCAGGAUGAUCGUUACCUGACUGCACUGAUUCCUGUAGUUGGCUCAUCUGGUGUUCAGUUCCCAACCCACUUCAAUCGCUUUGUGGUGAAGAUGUUCACGUUUGUGGAUCCAGCAUCACUGGCCCCUCUGCAGGAGACAAUCUACAUUCACUGUAGUACUGCGGUGUGCCACCCUGCUUCUGGAUCCUGUGAACAGAGCUGUGCCAGGAAAAGUAGGAGAGCGGUUGCUGACAAGAGGCAUGAAGAAACUGUGGUUUCCAGUGGAGAGAUUUCCUUAACGAUGUAA